AUGGCAAGCAAGGCGCACAUUCACCAAAAGAGCCUGGGGUGGAUGCGGGACGCCCUGUUUGCGGCGGUUGUGCACGGAAGCGGCGAGCUGGGGCUGGAAGUGACCGGUGCGACGCGGUCGGUCGGCGUCAGCCGUAGCAUGUUCAAGAAUGCGGCCAAGAGCGCCGGGAUCAGCCAUCGUGACUACGUGUCGGAUCUGAUGAACCAGUUUGACUUUCUCGCCCGCGGCAAGCGGAUGAACUACCGCGACUUUGCGGUCUACGCCGUCCUACUCUCGCAUCCGCUCUCUGAUCUUGAUCAGACUCUCACCGAGCUCUUCGCGCUGUUCAAGGCCGAGCCAGCGGCAUCGACAGCAAAGCGGUCGUGGCUGCCGUUUGGCAGCUCGUCGAGCUCAGAGUCCAGCAGCGGCUCGGCGAGCGGGUCGAGCGGGUCGGAGCCUUCGCUGGCCGAGGGCACCGCGGUGCUGGACGCUCGGCAGGUCGGCCUCUCUGCUCACCAGGUGGCCAAGCUCAUCGCCGAGGUCACAGCGUGCGUCCGGCGGGUCUGCUUUGCCGCGCCCGGCAUGCGGACCGACAAGCACCCGCGGACCUUUGCUAUCACCGCCAAGAACAACCGCCGGCUGUGGCGGUUCGCGGAGCGGACGACGGCGGCAGUCAUGGCGCUUGCCGAGAACCAGGCCAAGCCGAUGUACUCGCCGUCAGGCGAGCCGCUCCUCGCCCUGCAUCAUCUUGAGCCCAUCGUCCGCCAGCGUGACGAGCUCUUUGCUGUCUUUGAGAUGUUUGCUGACUACCACGACGCCCUGCCACCGGCCACGGGCAAGCCGCCGCGGGCCAUCCGGUCGCUCAAGGCACGGCGCGGCUCACGCGGAAGCGGAAGCAGAAGCGGAAGCGGGAGUGGAGACGACAGCGAUAGCGCGAGCUCGAGUGGGAGUUCAAGCUCUGGCGGUGGUGGCAAGAGCAAGGGCAACGGUAAGGGCAAGGGUAAGGGCAAGGAUAAGGGGAAGGGCAAGGGUAAGGGCAAGGGCAAGGGCAAGGGCAAGGGCAAGGGCAAGGGCAAGGGCAAGGGCAAGGAAUCGAAGAAGGGCAAGGGCAAGGGCAAGGGUAAGGGAUCAAAGAAGGGCAAGGACAAGGGCAAGGGAUCGAAGAAGGGUAAGGACAAGGACAAGGGUAAGGGGAAGGGCAAGGGCAAGGACAAGGACAAGUACAAGGACAAGGGCAAGGGCAAGGGAAAGGGCAAGAGCAAGGGCAAGGGCAAGGACAAGAGCAAGAGCAAGGGCAAGGGCAAGGGCAAGGGCAAGGGCAAGGGCAAGCGCUCCCGCAAGUAAAACCGUUCAUUCUGCUCCAUCGUCGUCGCCCUGGUCGUCGGCAGCAGGCGUCGGCUU